AUGACUGUGGGAUUGAAAAGUUGGUCAGUUGGUGUCAGACCGUCAGACGAAAUGGACGAAAUGGACUUGGCACUCUACAAUUUGAUCGAAGAUGAUGCAGAUGAAGAACUUUUACUCCUUUCUUUAUAUUUUAUAGAAGAAAGUGACGAUAUUUAUAAUGAAAGGAAGAGAGAAGGAUGCUUCAAUAACUUAAUUCAAAGACGUUUAAUUGAUAAUGAAUCAAAGUUCAAAGCUUAUUUUAGAGUGUCCUUUGAGUUAUUCAAUAAUAUACUAAAUUACAUGAAAGAAGAUAUUAGAAGGCCACCAAAUAAUCGUAUAAAAAAACCAAUAACUCCAGAAGAAAAGCUAUGUGUCACUUUGAGGUAA